CCACGGAGAAGAACCGAUCUAUAUCCGUCACUGUAGCUAAAUAUGUAUAUAAAAGCUACUGACACUUUCAACGCGCGCAAAAAAGACUAUACAACAUAAAUUAUUUCCUCCACAUUCACCAUGGCAGAUUCACAACCAAGAGGCCCAUUCCGGCUUAUCACUGUUAACACCGCCCCGGAAAGAGCCAAAAAGCUGAUUGGUCGUUUGGCCGAAGCACUCAAAGAUCGGUAUACGAUUAUCCACGUAGACAACUGCGAGAAAGUCGAAGAAGUCGAGGCCAAGGUCAAGGAGUAUCAACCCGAGGUCCUGUUCUGCGCGUCCAUGUGGACGGCUGAACAAGCCGCCGAAAUCAUUUCUACGGCUAAGAGGCUGCGCCCUGGUAUCAAGACACACGCCAUUCCCUACGGAUUGCAGGUAGAGCGCGGUCCCGAUGCGAUUGUGGACUAUUUGGUAGAGAAUGUGCCCAAAUUGUUGGACGAGCCGGUCGAACAAUAAUAGAGUUGGCGGUUAGAUUUGUAUACCUUAUCGAUGAACAUAGUAUAAGUAAACUAAAUCGAAAAUCUGAGUUGAUUAUUCA